UCGUGGACAUAAAGCGGAACCCCCAUCGAGCCCCCGUUUGGAUAUUUCAAUUACAUAAGUUGCUCCUGCGGCUGUUUACGUUCGCCUUCAGCAUGGAACUUCACAGAUUUCUUCUUCUCCUGCUAUCACUGACAGGGAGUUCCGCGCGCGCACUUGAAACGCACGGACUGUCGUACGCGUCCAAGCCUGAACUCUCCGAGGACGCGAUACUGGUGGCAAACAACGGCAUACAUGUGCCUUUCGGGAGAUCUGUUUACAUCGAUCCCAUCAACGACUUGGUUAUUGAACUUCAGCCGGGAGACAGGUGCACUGUAACAGUUUUGGAUAAUGAUCCGCUGUCUCAGAGACCGGGACAUGUGUCUCCUAAAAAGUUCCCGUGCGAAUUCGGUCCUAACGAUGUGAGAUACUCUCAUUUCGGUUCUAGGAACCCUGCAGGGGACAGAGUGAAGCUGCAACUCAGGUACGACACUCAGACUGAAACUAUCAUCAUCCCCUUUAUGCUGGAAGUGGAGGUUGUUUUCACACAAUUGGAGGUUGUUACUAAGAAUAUGCCUCUGGUUGUUGAUAAACUGCAUGGAACUAGUAAUCCUAUCAAUAAAAAGAUUUUAGAUUUCACUUAUGAAAAAGACUCUGAACAAUGUGAGGUAACGUCACUGGCUGCCAGCAGUGUUCUUCCUAAAUACGGUAAAGUUGUUGAUGAGAGAAAGCUGGAGAAAAUGAUGAGCUGUGAGUUGUUUCUCAAAUCAAAUAUCCGAUAUGAGCACACGUCUAGCCACAAGUCCCCUAAUAAGGAUUACAUCCCCAUGGCUGUGGAGCUACGGAACAAAGAAAAUAAUUUACUGAAACAGGAGUUUUUCCAUGUGAUGAUCCGAAUUAAAGAGGGUGAAGAAAACACUCCCCCUAGACCGAGUUUCGUGGCUAUGAUGAUGAUGGAAGUUGAUCAGUUUGUAAUGACGGCUUUAACUCCUGAUAUGUUGGCUGCUGAAGACACUGAAUCCAAUUCUGAUGAUCUCAUUUUCAACAUCACCUCUCCUCUGUCCAUUGAAGAGGGAUAUAUCGUGAGUACAGAUGACAGGAAUUUACCUAUUACCUCCUUUUAUCAAAGGGAUCUGAAAGAUCUGAAAAUAGCAUACAAACCCCCCUCUUUGGACUCAGACACUGAGCGUAUCUUUCAAAUAGAGUUUGAGGUCAUCGACACGGAUGGUGGCAUUUCAGAUCCUUUUGCUUUCAUGAUCGUUGUGAAGCCCAUGAAUACAGUAGCGCCGAUAGUCACUAAGAAUUCUGGCCAGCUUUUAUACGAAGGCCAGUCUAGGUCUUUGUUUACUCAAAGCAAUUUAGAAAUUAGCGACGAAGACAACCUGGACGGUGUGAGAAUAAUAGUGGUUGAUGGGCUGCGUCAUGGUGUCCUAACUGUUCUGGGCUCCAACAGGAAGUAUUUCACUCCAGCUGACUUGGAGGUUGGCAUUGUGGUUUACCAGCAUGAUGGCAGUGACACAUACAGUGAUAAUAUAAUAUUCAGGAUGACAGAUGGGAAGAAUGAAGUGGAGUUUUUGUUCCCCAUCACAAUAGUACCCACAGAUGAUGAACCACCCAUCAUAAAUGCAAACACUGGACUGAUAUUAUUCAAAAAUCAGAUGGUGCCCAUCUCGCAGCUCAUGCUCAGUGCAGCAGAUAUUGACUCUGAAGAUUCCAUUAUUAAAUUUACAAUCGAGCCUCCCUUUUCUGCUAUUGGCGAGGUCGUGUUGAGGCAAUCUGAAGCACCAGAGGAUCCGUCAUCCUGGAAAUUUAAUGCAGACGACGGUGUGUAUGAGAAAGUAGUGACAGAGUGGCUCCAGAAAGAUAUUACAGAUGAAAAGCUCUUCUAUAGGCAUACGGGUCCACAUAUCACAGAGACUGUUACAGAUCAGUUUGUGUUUAAAGUAAAAGAUGAUGCCGAUCCUCCCAACCAGUCCAGUGAGAAUCUUUUUAUUAUUAAAAUUUUGCCUAUUGAUGAUAUUCCACCCGUGCUGUUCCCAGGCACUUCUUUACAGAUGACAGUACAUGAGUACCAGCUGACUCAUUUAAGCAAGAAUGUUCUUCGUUACACCGACUUAGACUCAGAGGACCGGGACCUGAAAUACACAAUAACUCAAGCACCAACUGAUAUGGAUGAAAACAAUCCUGUCAAAUUUGGCUCUGUUGUUUUAACUGACAGCCCCGAUACUGAUGUAAUCGAAUUUACCCAAGCGCAAAUUAACCAUCAUAAGAUUUCCUACAGCCCGCCAGACCUUGAACUUGGCAUCAUACCUCAUGUGGUGCAGUUCCAUUUCACAGUAGAGGACACUGCUGGAAAUAGUGCUGAUGGAGUUUUUACAAUCUUUCUGCAGCCUGUAAACAACAAACCCCCGCAGAUAACAAACACUGGCUUCACAGUCCUUGAGAGAGGGGUGCAUGUUAUUACGAGCGCCGAACUUGACGCCAAUGACCUUGACACUGACAUCAAGCUAAUUUCAUUCACACUAAGUCAAACUCCACUGCACGGUCAUCUUCAAUAUACGUUUACUGACUUGAAAAAAGGGAGUCAUUUCAACUUGAUGGAUAUCUCUGAUGGGCAGGUGUCAUAUGUCCACAAUGGGGAUGAAACAACAAGUGACUCUUUUAAACUGGAUGUUAGUGACGGUGUUCAUGUUGUAACGAUAACUGUGAAGGUAGCCGUAAAGCUAAUUGAUGAUGAAACACCAACACUUAGCCUCACAAAGGGCACUUUUGGCUCUCGAUUGGAUGUGCUGGAAAAUGGUGCUACAGAAAUUACCCCCAAUGUCAUUCAGGGGAAGGAUGAGGACACUGAUGACCUGCAGUUGACAUUCAUUGUGGAAGAAGCGCCUAAGUUUGGAGAAAUUCUGGUGAAUGGAGUUUCCUCGAGCAGAUUCACCCAAGCUGACAUCAUCAGUGGUCUUGUUGUGUAUGCACACACCACUGGUGAGAUUGGUCUUACUUCAAUUGAAGAUUUUUUCAGUCUGACCCUCUCUGACAUGUCUGAUGAGUGGAAUGUAGGGGGCAACCGAGUACACGGAGUCCGUGUUCAUGUCACCAUUCUCCCUGUAGAUAACCAGACUCCAGUAGUCACAGUUGGCCCUACUUUUAAUGUCUUUGAAGCAGAUAAAAACAUUAUCGGGAGCCAUCAGAUUAAAGUCCAGGAUGCCGACACGCCAAAUGAGGACAUCCUGUGCACCAUUAUUAUUCAGCCUACAUCAGGAUAUGUGGAGAACAUCUCUCCAGCACCAGGUUCUGAAAAAUCAAGAGCAGGAACGGCAGUGAGUGCUUUUACCAUCAGAGAUGUGAAUGAAGGUCAUAUUUACUAUGUCCAAAGCAUACACAAAGGAGUUGAGCCAGUGGAGGACAGGUUCACGUUCAGAUGUUCCGAUGGUGUGAAUUUCUCAGAGAGACAGUUCUUUCCCAUUGUCAUCAUCCCCACAAAUGAUGAAAAACCAGAAAUCUUCAUGCGAGAGGUUGUUGUAAUGGAGGGCAUGAAUGUUAUUAUUGAUACGCCACUCUUAAAUGGAGUCGAUGCUGAUGUUCCUGCACAAGAGUUAAUGUUUAUUAUCACCAAACUUCCAAAUCACGGGUUUAUUCUCAAUCAGCUCGCCAGUGGCUCUGUCCCAGUCACAAACUUCACUCUGGAACAAAUCAAAGAAGCCUCAAGCAUAAUUUAUGAGCAUGAUGAUUCUGAAACCACCGAAGACAAGUUUGAUGUUCUUCUUACAGAUGGGAAACAUUCAGCUGAAGGCACAAUCAUGGUGAUGAUUAUUCCAGUGGAUGAUGAAACUCCAAGACUCGCCAUUAAUGAUGGGCUUGAAAUUGAGAUUGGAGAAACAAAAGAGAUCAAUUCUAAAGUGCUGAAGGCUACUGAUUUAGACUCAGAAGACGAGUCCCUUACUUUCAUUAUUCGCUACGGCCCAGCUCAGGGCUUCCUGUAUAGAAAAUCAGCAGGAUCUGUGGAAAAGAGAUCUGCUGGAUCUGCAGAAAACAUAACAGUUGGCAUGAACUUUACACAAAAUGAGGUGAACAGGGGUCUCAUUUUGUACACUCACAAUGGACAGGAAGGCAUGCGUGAUCUUGUAAAGUUUGAUGUAACUGACGGCAUCAAUCCACUAAUUGACAGAUACUUCUAUAUCACUGUGGGCAGCAUUGACAUGGUGUUUCCUGAUGUCAUCAGUAAAGGGGUGUCUCUUAAAGAAGGUGGCAAAGUGACACUCACUACAAACCUCCUCAGCACUAGUGAUCUCAACAGUCCUGAUGAGAAUUUAGUCUUUACUAUCACAAGAGCCCCAGUGAGAGGGCAUUUGGAAAGCACGGAUACACCAGGCAUGCCCAUAGUGUCCUUUACCCAACUACAGCUGGCCGGGAGCAAAAUCUACUACAUCCAUACUGCCGAUGAUGAAGUCAAGAUGGAUAGCUUUGAGUUUGAGGUGACUGAUGGUUACAACCCUGUGUUUCGCACAUUCCGCGUUUCAAUUGUUGAUGUUGACAAUAAAAAGCCAGUAUUGACCGUUCAUGACCUUCUAGUGACCGAGGGACAGAACAAACUCAUUACACCCUUUGAGUUGACUGUUGAGGACCAAGACACUGCUGAACACCUCCUGAAGUUUAAAGUAUCCCAAUUGCCCAUUCAUGGCAAACUACUUUUCAACAACAGCCGGCCAGUGACUUCGUUUACAAAGCAAGACCUAAAUGAAAAUAUGGUCAGUUACAAGCAUGAUGGUACAGAGUCAAAGAUAGACAGCUUUUCGUUUACAGUCACUGAUGGAACCCAUUCAGACUUUUUUGUAUUCCCUGAUACAAUUUUUGAGACCCAAAGGCCUCAGACCAUGAAGAUCAACAUUGUGUCUGUGGACAAUGGUGUGCCUCAGAUUGAGGUUAACAAAGGUGCACCAACUUUAAAAGUCUUGUUCGCUGGACACUUGGGUUAUCAGAUCACAAGCAAUGUCCUGAAGGCGGUGGACAGAGACAGCAGCGCAGAGGCUUUAAUUUUUCACAUUACCACACAGCCAGAGCAUGGCUAUCUGAUUAGCCUGGACAGAGGGACUGAGAAUGACUCUAUCAACACCUUCACACAAGCUGACAUAAAUGAUCUUAAGAUCUGCUAUAUCCUGAAGGACGAGAACAAUGCCACCAGUGACGUCUUUAGUUUUACCGUGGAGGAUAAUGGAGGGAACAAACUAAAGAACCAACAAUUUCGUCUGAACUGGCCUUGGAUUUCUUUGGAGAAGCCAAACUAUGUGGUGGAUGAGCAAGACAAAGUUCUGGAGGUGAUCCUGAGACGGAGAGGUUUCCUGGGUGAAACGUCUUUUGUUGGGAUUGGUACCUUGGAUGGCAGUGCAGAGAAGGAGAAGGAUUUCCUGGGAAAAUCGCAGAAGCAGGUGCAGUUCAACCCUGGCCAGACCACAGCCUCCUGGAAAGUCAGAGUUCUCCCGGAUGGGAAAUACGAGCAGUCCGAGACAUUUCAGAUUGUGCUGACUGAGCCGGUGAUGGGCGUUUUGGAGGCACCAGCUGUAGCCACAGUUGAGAUUGUGGAUCCAGGUGAUGAGUCCAUGGUGUUCUUUCCUCAGGCUGGCUUUGCUGUGGAAGAAGAUAUUGGAGAGCUGCUGGUCCCGGUGCGUAGGACUGGAGACGUGAGCCAGGAGCUCAUGGUGGUCUGUCACACACAGCAAGUCUCUGCCACAGGAACUGUCCCCACAUCGGUUCUGUCCUACUCUGACUACAUCUCGCGUCCAGAGGAGCAGGUCAGCAUCCUGCGCUUUGAUAAGGACGAGACGGAAAAACACUGUCGUGUGGUGAUCAUCGAUGACUCUCUGUAUGAGGGCGAGGAGAGCUUCAACGUGACCCUCAGCAUGCCUAUAGGAGGCCGUCUGGGGCCUGAAUAUCCCACUGUGAAUAUCCGCAUCCUUCCCGACCAGGACGAUGCUCCGGUGUUCUACUUUGGCAGUCAGGAGUAUCAUGUGGAUGAGAGUGAUGGUCAUGUUGAAGUGCGUGUAUGGAGAACAGGGACAGAUCUCUCUAAAAAGGCAACGGUCACUGUGAGAUCCCGCAAAACAGACCCUGUGUCUGCUGAAGCUGGAGUGGACUAUGUGGGAAUCAGCAGAAACUUGGACUUCGCUCCUGGUGUGAGCAUGCAGACGGUGCGGGUCACGGUGCUGGAUGACCUCGGACAGCCUGUUCUGGAAGGGACAGAAAGAUUCGAGCUUGUUCUCCGGAUGCCCUCCAAUGGAAUUCUGGGAGAGCCAGCCAAAGUCACAGUCUUUAUCAACGACUCCAUUUCAGACUUGCCAAAGGUGCAGUUUAAACAGGCUGUCGUGACUGCAGAGGAGAGUGAAGGUCACAUCACUGUAAUGGUGCACCGCAGUGGAGACAUUAAACACAAGUCCAGUGUCCGCUGCUACACGCGGCAGGGCUCUGCACAGGUGGUGUCCGACUUUGAGGAGAGACCAAACACUGACGCCUCCAUCGUAACUUUCUUGCCUGGUGAAGUUGAUAAACCGUGUGUUUUGAAACUGGUGGAUGAUUCAAUUCAUGAGGACGAGGAAGAACUGAGGCUUGUUCUGGGAAACGCAAAGAGUGAUUCACCAUAUGGAGCAUCUAUUGGAAACCAAAAUGAAACACUCAUAAAGAUCAAGGACAAUGCUGACAAGUCCAUCAUAAAGUUCGCCGAGACGAAGUUCAGUGUUAGCGAACCGAAAGAGUCUGGGCUGGUGACAUUAGUAAAGAUCCCCAUCCGCAGAACGGGAGACACUUCCAAAGUGUCCCUAGUGAGGGUGCACACUAAAGACGGCUCUGCCAUAUCCGGAGAAGACUAUCAUCCCAUCUCCCUCGAUGUGGAGUUUAAAGCAGAUGAGAUCGAGCGUGUAGUUGAAGUGGAGGUUUUGUUUGAUGGAAUAAGAGAGAUGAGAGAGGCCUUCACUGUCCAUCUGAAACCAGAUGAGAACAUGGUUGCUGAAAUACAGAUGACAAAAGCAAUAGUGUACAUCGAGGAGACCAACAGCAUGGCUGAUGUCACGUUCCCUUCAUUGCCUCAUAUUGUGUCACUGCUGCACUAUGACAAUGUCAGAACAAGCAAACAAAAUGCUCAUCCACCCGCUGGAUAUCCUGUCGUCUGUGUUACGGCCUGCAACCCCAAAUAUCCAGACUACGACAAAACAGGCUCUAUAUGCAUUAGCGAACGCAUCAACGACACGCUGACUCGUUACCGAUGGCUCAUUAGCGCCCCCAGCGGUCCGGAUGGCGUCACCAGCCCAAUGAGGGAGGCAGACUUCGACACCUUCUUCACAUCCUCCAAAAUGAUCACCCUAGACUCCAUUUACUUCCAAGCGGGCUCCAGAGUGCAGUGUGCAGCCCGUGCCGUGAAUUCAAAUGGAGAUGAGGGUUUGGAACUGAGCAGCCCAAUAGUGUCUAUUAGCAUGGAUGAAGGGAUGUGCCAACCACGAAAAUUGGGCACAGUGGGUGCUGAGCCCUUUUCUGCCAAACUACGUUAUACGGGCGCUGAAGACCCUGAAUAUGCCAAUCUCAUCAAGCUUACUGUCACCAUGCCCCACAUAGACGGCAUGCUCCCCGUAGUCUCCACUCGCGCUCUGUCCAAUUUUGAUCUGACUCUAAGCCCCGAUGGCACUCGCGUGGGAAACCACAGGUGCUCCAAUCUGCUGGACUUUAAUGAGGUGUCCACACGGCACGGCUUCCUGACCAAAGCCACCCGCAAUAUCCAGAGCAUUGGAGAGACCCUGCCUUAUCAGUACAGCCCUGUCCUCCGAGGCCAGGGCACUUUACGCUUCUACAGGAACCUGAACCUGGAGGCCUGUCUGUGGGAGUUUGUGAGUUAUUAUGACAUGUCGGAGCUGCUCACAGACUGCGGGGGAACCAUCGGGACAGAUGGCCAGGUGCUGAACCUAGUGCAGUCCUACGUGACCCUGCGAGUUCCUCUUCACGUCUCAUACGUGUUUCAUUCCCCCGUGGGAGCUGGAGGCUGGCAGCAUUUCGAUCUGCACUCUGAGCUCCGGCUCACCUUCGUUUAUGACACUGCCAUCUUGUGGAAAGACGGAGUCGGCAGCCAAACACAGGCGGAUCUACAAGGCAACCUUGGAGCUUUAUAUCCCACCAGCAUGAGGAUUAAUGAGCAGGGGAGACUCGUGGUCAACUUCCGCACAGAGGCUCGCUUCAGGGGCCUAUUUGUAGCGGGACAUCCUGCGUCCACAGUGAAGUCCAUAGUGAUGAGUGCAGAUCACCCAGGCUUGACCUUCAACCUCACUCUGGUCAGGACGGAGCCGACCUACAGCCAACCUGUCCAGCAGUGGAUGUUCAUAUCAGACUUCGCUGUUCGUGAUUAUUCUGGCACGUACACAGUGAAUUUGAUCCCCUGUACAGCAGCUCUGAAUGUGGAGUUCACAGUUCCUCCAGUCUGCAACCCUAGAGAAGCCAUCACGUUUGAUCUCGAUAUCCGCUUCCAGCAGGUGAGUGACCCUGUGGCUGUGGAGUUCAGUCUGAACACACAGAUGUUCCUGCUGUCUAAAAAAGCGCUGUGGCUGUCAGAUGGAUCAAUGGGUUUUGGUCAGGAGAGUGACGCCGCUUUCUCUGAAGGUGAUGUGAUCUAUGGACGUGUGAUGGUGGACCCGGUGCAGAAUUUGGGCGACUCUUUCUACUGUAACAUUGAGAAGGUGUAUCUGUGCACUGGAGCUGAUGGAUACGUUCCUAAAUACAACCCUAGCAAAUCUGAGUUUGGAUGCCUUGCCGACUCUCCGUCUCUGCUGUACCGAUUUAAAAUUAUUGACAAAGCACAGCCAGAAACUCAGGCCAGAAGUUUUGGGAACGUGGACUUCAAUGCUCUGCUGGCGGUAGAUGACCCGUCGGCCCACUCUCUGGUCAAACAGCCUGGAUCUGAUGGCUUCAGACUCCAUUCUACACCCCUCUUCCAGGUGGCAGUAGGAAGAGAGUGGUUCAUUCACACCAUCUACACUGUGCGUUCAAAAGACAAUGCUAAACGUGGCAUCGGCAAACGAAGUGUCGAACAGCACUUGAUAACAUCAGCAGACCUCACCGAGGCCAGAAGACGCUUCAGACGCUCCAACAGAGACGUCCCCACACUGGCUGAGCAGAUCGGCCCCGAAAACAACAGAGGAACCAACAUCAUGCACAUUGCUCUGGACCGCAGCCGCCGCCGCACCGCAUCAGAAGAGCUGUUCGCGGAUGGACUUUCUCCACGAGGACUCAGUGGACGACACGCAGAAGAUGAAGCAGUGACGGUGGCAGGAGCUCUCGUGGGUUUGCUGCUCACCGUUCUUGUGGUCGUAGCAUUAGCAUUGGUGGUUCGCUCAAGGCGGACGCCGGCUAAAAAGCCCCCAAGAGUAUCGCCCAGCCUGCAGCCGGUCAUUGUGCGAAGCAGUCUUGAUAAUGGGGACAGUUCAGAGGUCUGAGGGACUGAUGGAGCUCUUGGAGACUGCGGCGUUCUCCUUGGUCACGCAUUGGAUCCGUUUGUUGGGUUUUUUGUUUUUGUUUUAAACAAGUGCCUCUGACAGGUUUUAGCUUACGGAGAACUCACAACUUUUCACCAGUUUAUCACCAACCCAAAGAAAUCACCGUCCCGUCUCUCCAUAAUUGUGGUUGAGUCUCGUUUUAUGUGCUGAUUCUGAGGGUUGCUUGUCCAGAAGUGGAUUGUUGAGGUUUGUCCAAUGUUCAGAACUCUCUGGGGUUCAACUAAACCAGAUAGACAUGUAUUCUUUAUUUUUUUUUAAUAUAGGAUUGGAUGUAUAUACUGAGACAGGAUCUAAAUUCAAUACAUUUUAGUUCGUUUAAUUCCAAAAUUAUUAUCUUGUUACAAAAAAAUAACAUAAUUAUUGUUUCAGAGCUGUACUUUUUUGUUUAGUUUGUUUUUAUUUUCAAUAGUUUAAUAAUUCAGUAAAAAAAGAGAGCUAAACCCCCAAAAAGAACAAAAGAUAAAUACAAAAAAGCAUAAUUAAUAUUAGCUAUUAACAGUGUUGGCUAUUAACAUUAUAACAUUA